AUGCCAGUAGUAGUUGUUGUCUUUGCCGCCACGGCGCAACUACACUGGUUGUUAGUGGGAGCCGUGCGCAACACCAUAAUGCCAGUAGUAGUUGUUGUCUUUGCCGCCACGGCGCAACUACACUGGUUGUUAGUGGGAGCCGUGCGCAACACCACAAUGCCAGUAAUAGUUGUUGUCUUUGCCGCCACGGCGCAACUACACUGGUUGUUAGUGGGAGCCGUGCGCAACACCAUAAUGCCAGUAGUAGUUGUUGUCUUUGCCGCCACGGCGCAACUACACUGGUUGUUAGUGGGAGCCGUGCGCAACACCAUAAUGCCAGUAAUAGUUGUUGUCUUUGCCGCCACGGCGCAACUACACUGGUUGUUAGUGGGAGCCAUGCGCAACACCACAAUGCCAGUAGUAAUUGUUGAGCUUUUACUGCAACGGCGCAACUACACUGGCUAUUAG